AUGUUUCCGACUCCCUUUGUCAUAGACUCCCUCAUAUAUCAAUUCUCAGCCACUGACGGGCCGUCCCGCCAACAGCCGCCUCGCAAAAAGUAUGCCUUCCGCUGGACCUGUUGUUAUUGUGGUCAGGGAGGCAUGAACGUGGUCACCGAUCCCUGUGUCAAUUGCGGAUACCCUAGGUGUUCGCGUUGUCGUGUCGACAAAUUGCACGUUCGGCAACACUUACACCACGAUACUUCCCACGGUCAACACAGUCACGGCGGUUGUCCGUAG